GUUUGAAUCAUUCUGACUUGGAGAGAGGAGAGAGGAGAGAGGUCUGUCUGCUUUAAUAAUAUCAUACAGUAUAUAAUAAUAUAAUGUCAUACAAUAUCUAAUAUAAUACAGUAUAUAAUAUCAUACAGUAUCUAAUAAUAUAAUAUCAUACAGUAUAUAAUAAUAUAAUAUCAUACAGUAUCUAAUAAUAUAAUAUCAUACAGUAUCUAAUAAUAUAAUGUCAUACAAUAUCUAAUAAUACAAUAUCAUACAGUAUCUAAUAAUAUAAUAUCAUACAGUAUAUAAUAAUAAUAUAAUAUAUCAUACAGUAUCUAAUAAUAUAAUAUAAUACAGUAUAUAAUAAUAUAUCACACACAGUGCUGUCUGCUUUAAUAAUAUCAUACAAUAUCAUACAGUAUCUAAUAAUAUAAUAUCAUACAAUAUCUAAUAUAAUACAGUAUAUAAUAAUAUAUCACACACAGUGCUGUCUGCUUUAAUAAUAUCAUACAAUAUCAUACAGUAUCUAAUAAUAUAAUAUCAUACAGUAUCUAAUAAUAUAAUAUCAUACAGUAUAUAAUAAUAAUAUAAUAUAUCAUACAGUAUCUAAUAAUAUAAUAUAAUACAGUAUAUAAUAAUAUAUCACACACAGUGCUGUCUGCUUUAAUAAUAUCAUACAAUAUCAUACAGUAUCUAAUAAUAUAAUAUCAUACAGUAUAUAAUAAUAAUAUAAUAUAAUACAGUAUAUAAUAAUAUAAUAUAAUAUCGUACAGUAUAUAAUAUAAUAUCGUACAGUAUAUAAUAAUAUAAUAUCGUACAGUAUAUAAUAAUAUAAUAUCAUACAGUAUCUAAUAAUAUCAUAUCAUACAGUAUAUAAUAAUAAUAUAAUAUAAUACAGUAUAUAAUAAUAUAAUAUAAUAUCGUACAGUAUAUAAUAAUAUAAUAUCAUACAGUAUCUAAUAAUAUCAUAUCAUACAGUAUAUAAUAAUAUAAUAUAAUAUCAUACAGUAUCUAAUAAUAUAAUAUCAUACAGUAUAUAAUAAUAAUAUAAUAUCAUAUCAUACAGUAUAUAAUAAUAAUAUAAUAUAAUACAGUAUAUAAUAAUAUAAUAUAAUAUCGUACAGUAUAUAAUAAUAUAUCAUACAGUAUCUAAUAAUAUCAUAUCAUACAGUAUAUAAUAAUAUAAUAUAAUAUCAUACAGUAUCUAAUAAUAUAAUAUCAUACAGUAUAUAAUAAUAAUAUAAUAUCAUAUCAUACAGUAUAUAAUAAUAAUAUAAUAUAAUACAGUAUAUAAUAAUAUAAUAUCAUACAGUAUAUAAUAAUAUAUCAUACAGUAUCUAAUAUCAUAUCAUACAGUAUAUAAUAAUAUAAUAUAAUAUCAUACAGUAUAUAAUAAUAAUAUAAUAUCAUAUCAUACAGUAUAUAAUAAUAAUAUAAUAUAAUACAGUAUAUAAUAAUAUAAUAUAAUAUCGUACAGUAUAUAAUAUAUCAUACAGUAUAUAAUAAUAAUAUAAUACCAUACAGUAUAUAAUAAUAUAAUAUCAUACAGUAUAUAAUAAUAAUAUAAUAUAUCAUACAGUAUAUAAUAAUAUAUCAUACAGUAUAUAAUAAUAUCAUACAGUAUAUAAUAUAAUAUAAUACAGUAUAUAAUAAUAUAAUAUAAUAUCGUACAGUAUAUAAUAAUAUAAUAUCAUACAGUAUAUAAUAAUAUAAUAUCAUACAGUAUAUAAUAAUAAUAUAAUAUCAUAUCAUACAGUAUAUAAUAAUAUAAUAUCAUACAGUAUAUAAUAAUAUAAUAUCAUAUCAUACAGUAUAUAAUAAUAUACAGUAUAUAAUAUACAGUAUAUAAUAAUAAUAUAAUAUAUCAUACAGUAUAUAAUAAUAUCAUAUCAUACAGUAUAUAAUAAUAUAAUAUCAUACAGUAUAUAAUAAUAUAAUAUCAUACAGUAUAUAAUAAUAAUAUAAUAUACAGUAUAUAAUAAUAUAAUAUACAGUAUAUAAUAAUAUAAUAUAAUAUCAUACAGUAUAUAAUAAUAAUAUAAUAUCAUACAAUAUCUAAUAAUAUAAUAUCAUGCAAUAUCUAAUAAUAUAAUAUCAUACAGUAUAUAAUAAUAAUAUAAUAUCAUACAAUAUCUAAUAAUAUAAUAUCAUACAGUAUAUAAUAAUAUAAUAUAAUACAGUAUCUAAUAAUAAUAUAAUAUAAUACAGUAUAUAAUACAAUAUAUAAUAUAAUACAGUAUAUAAUAAUAUAAUAUCAUACAAUAUAUAAUAUAAUAUAAUAUAAUACAGUGCUGUCUGCUUUAUUAUAUAAUAUAAUACAAUAUAGAAUAUAAUAUAAUAAUAUCACACACAGUGCUGUCUGCUUUAUAAUAUGAUAUAAUAAUAUAUCACACAAUGCUGUCCGCAUUUUAAUAUAAUAUAAUAAUAUAUCACACAGUGCUGUCUGCUUUAUAAUACACUAUAUAAUAAUAUAAUAAUAUAUCACACAGUGCUGUCUGCUUUAUAAUAUAAUAAUAUAUCACACAUUACUGUCUGCUUUAUAAUAUAAUUUAAUAAUAUAUCACACAGUAUUGUCUGCUAUAUAAUAUAAUAAUAUAUCACACAGUGCUGUCUGCUUUAUAAUAUAAUAAUAUAUCACACAGUGCUGUCUGCUUUAUAAUAUAAUAUAAUACAAAAUAUAAUAAUAUAAUAUAAUACAUCACACAGUGCUGUCUGCUUUAUAAUAUAAUAAUAUAUCACACAGUGCUGUCUGCUUUAUAAUAUAAUAUAAUAAUAUAUCACAUAGUGCUGUCUGCUUUAUAAUAUAAUAAUAUAUUACACAGUGCUGUCUGCUUUAUAAUAUAAUAUAAUACAAUGUAUAAUAAUAUAAUAUAUCACACAGUGCUGUCUGCUUUAUAAUAUAAUAAUAUAUCACACAGUGCUGUCUGCUGUAUAAUAUAAUCUAAUAAUAUAUCACACAGUGCUGUCUGCUUUAUAAUAUAAUAAUAUAUCACACAGUGCUGUCUGCUUUAUAAUAUAAUAAUAUAUCACACAGUACUGUCUGCUUUAUAAUAUAAUAAUAUAUCACACAGUACUGUCUGCUUUAUAAUAUAAUAAUAUAAUAAUAUAUCACACAGUACUGUCUGCUUUAAUAAUAUAAUAUGAUAAUAUAUCACACAGUGCUGUCUGCUUUAUAAUAUAAUAUAAUAUAAUAAUAUAUCACACAGUGCUGUCUGCUUUAUAAGAUAAUAAUAUAUCAUACAGUGCUGUCUGCUUUAUAAUAUAAUAUAAUACAAUAUCACACAGUGCUGUCUGCUAUAUAAUAUAAUAUAUCACACAGUGCUGUCUGCUUUAAUAAUAUAAUAUAAUAAUAUAUCUAAUAUAUCACACAGUGCUGUCUUCUUUAAUUAUAUAAUAUAAUAAUAUAUAACGCACAGUGCUGUCCGCCAUAUAAUAUACCGGUAAUAAUAUAUCACACAGUGCUGUCUGCUAUAUAAUAUAAUAUAUCACACAGUGCUGUCUGCUUUAAUAAUAUAAUAUAAUAAUAUAUAUCACACAGUGCUGUCUUCUUUAAUAAUAUAAUAUAAUAAUAUAUUGCACAGUGCUGUCUGCUUUAUAAGAUAAUAUAUAUCACACAGUGCUGUCUUCUUUAAUAAUAUAAUAUAAAAAUAUAUCACACAGUGCUGUCUGCUUUAAUAAUAUAAUAUAACAAUAUAUAACACACAGUGCUGUCAGCUUUAUAAUCUAUAACACAGUGCUGUCUGUUGUAUUACAAUAAUAAUAUAGUAAUAACAAUAUAUAACACAUAGUAUAAAUAUUAUAUAAAUAUAAUGUCAUAAUAAUAACUUUUUUACACACCCAGUGUUGGCUGCUGGCCUUUAUAACAUUUUAUAUUAAAAUAUAUAUCUCACAAUAUAAUAAUAAAUAACACAGUCAGUGUUGGCCUUUGUAAAAACAAUAUUAUAAUAACAAUAUAUAAUGUCAUAAUAACAGAAUGUACAGUCUGGUGACAGACCUUACAUUUGCAAUUCCCAGGUUAAUUUCCAAUAAUUUACUUUAUUUUUAUUGUGAUUUGGAUUUCCAGGUAGUUCUGCAUUGCUUUCAGUAUAUUGAACCUUCAAAACAAGCAUGAACUGGGACACCAAGCUGGAUGGUAUUCUGAAUGCAACAGACAUCAAUAUGUCUAGAAUCAAGGUGAGUAUCUAGGGCCAUCAUUCUGUAUUUAUAAAGGGCCAGAAUAGGCUUCAAUGAGUACUUCUUGCACACAGGUGUGGUGACUUGGCACCAUGACAGAGUUAUUUAAAAUGUAUCAACUACACAGCAUCUGCCUUUAUUAAUAUAAACCCAUCCGGUAUUACUAACUGUAACCUACACAGUGCACCCGACGUGUGUAGGAGACUGGAGUGUCCCUUUAAUAAUAUAAACCCACCCAGUAUAACUAACUGUAACCCAACCUACACAGUGCACCUAACGUGUGAGGGAGCCUGGAAUGUCCCUUUAAUAAUAUAAACCCACCCAGUAUAACUAACCGGAACCUAACCUACACAGUGCAUCUAAUGUGUGAGGGAGCCUGGAAUGUCCCUUUAAUAAUAUAAACCCACCCAGUAUAACUAACUGUAACCUAACCUACACAGUGCACCUAACGUGUGUGGGAGCCUGGAGUGUCCCUUUAAUAAUAUAAACCCACCCAGUAUAACUAACUGUAACCUAACCUAUACAGUGCAUCUAACGUGUGUGGGAGCCUGGAGUUUCGCUUUAAUAAUAUAAACCCACCCAGUAUAACUAACUGUAACCUAACCUAUAUAGUGCACCUACCGUGUGUGGGAGCCUGGAGUGUCCCUUUAAUAAUAUAAACUCACCCAGUAUAACUAACCGGAACCUAACCUACACAGUGCAUCUAAUGUGUGAGGGAGCCUGGAAUGUCCCUUUAAUAAUAUAAACCCACCCAGUAUAACUAACCGGAACCUAACCUACACAGUGCAUCUAACGUGUGAGGGAGCCUGGAAUGUCCCUUUAAUAAUAUAAACCCACCCAGUAUAACUAACUGUAACCUAACCUACACAGUGCAUCUAACGUGUGUGGGAGCCUGGAGUGUCCCUUUAAUAAUAUAAACCCACCCAGUAUAACUAACUGUAACCUAACCUACACAGUGCAUCUAAUGUGUGUGGGAGCCUGGAGUGUCCCUUUAAUAAUAUAAACCCACCCAGUAUAACUAACUGUAACCUAACCUACACAGUGCAUCUAAUGUGUGUGGGAGCCUGGAAUGUCCCUUUAAUAAUAUAAACCCACCCAGUAUAACUAACUGUAACCUAACCUACACAGUGCAUCUAACGUGUGUGUGAGCCUGGAUUGUUCCUUUAAUAAUAUAAACCCACCCAAUAUAACUAACUGUAACCUAACCUACACAGUGCAUCUAACGUGUGUGGGAGCCUGGAGUGUCCCUUUAAUAAUAUAAACCCACCCAGUAUAACUAACUGUAACCUAACCUACACAGUGCACCUAACGUGUGUGGGAGCCUGGAAUGACCCUUUAAUAAUAUAAACCCACCCAGUAUAACUAACUGUAACCUAACCUACACAGUGCAUCUAACGUGUGUGGGAGCCUGGAGUGUCCCUUUAAUAAUAUAAACCCACCCAGUAUAACUAACUGUAACCUAACCUACACAGUGCAUCUAACAUGUGUGGGAGCAUGGAGUGUCCCUUUAAUAAUAUAAACCCACACAGUAUAACUAACUGUAACCUAACCUACACAGUACAUCUAACGUGUGUGGGAGCCUGGAGUAUCCCUUUAAUAAUAUAAACCCACCCAGUAUAACUAACUGUAACCUAACCCACACAGUGCACCUAACGUGUGUGGGAGCAUGGAGUGUCCCUUUAAUAAUAUAAACCCACCCAGUAUAACUAACUGUAACCUAACCUACACAGUGCACCUAACGUGUGUGGGAGCCUGGAGUGUCACUUUAAUAAUAUAAACCCACCCAGUAUAACUAACUGUAACCUAACCUACACAGUGCACCUAACGUGUGUGGGAGCCUGGAGUGUCCCUUUAAUAAUAUAAACGCACCCAGUAUAACUAACUGUAGCCUAACCUACACAGUGCAUCUAACGUGUGUGGGAGCCUGGAGUGUCCCUUUAAUAAUAUAAACCCACCCAGUAUAACUGACUGUAGCCUAACCUACACAGUGCAUCUAACGUGUGUGGGAGCCUGGAGUGUCCCUUUAAUAAUAUAAACCCACCCGGUAUAACUAACUGUAACCUAACCUACACAGUGCAUCUAGCGUGUGUGGGAGCCUGGAGUGUCUCUUUAAUAAUAUAAACCCACCCAGUAUAACUAACUGUAACCUAACCUACACAGUGCAUCUAACGUGUGUGGGAGCCUGGAGUGUCCCUUUAAUAAUAUAAACCCACCCAGUAUAACUAACCGUGCAACCUAACCUACACAGUGCAUCUAAUGUGUGAGGGAGCCUGGAAUGUCCCUUUAAUAAUAUAAACCCACUCAGUAUAACUAACUGUAACCUAACCUACACAGUGCAUCUAACGUGUGUGGGAGCCUGGAGUGUCCCUUUAAUAAUAUAAACCCACCCGGUAUAACUAACUGUAACCUAACCUACACAGUGCAUCUAACGUGUGUGGGAGCCUGGGAAUUGGGUGAUUCCGUGGUUUUGACACAAUAUGAUUGGCAGAUGCGAUGUUGUUUGUACAGAAAUAUUAUUUCACAACACCAUGUUUUUCUCUCUCCCCUAGAAGCACAUCCCUUUAUUACUAUGCUUUUAUUCACAGGAGCGCUUGUACGCCCGAGGGGAACUUACCAGAGGUAAAUUGCUCUCAUAUUUCUUCGAAAUAUUUUAUAUAAAGUUAAAUGUACACUGCAUAGUAUUUAAAAUGAGAAUAUAUAGAAAGAAACAAACUCACAGGCUUACUGCGCCAGUGGCCUCCGCCUUCUUCCUUGCCGAGCUGGGCAUCAUCCUACGAAAGGCUCCUGACCCUGUUGCGAAGGGCCGCUGGGACGUGCAGAAUAUUGUCCCCUCUGUGCCCCGCAUGGGAGUGGACACCGGCUGAAUCAGACCUGACUCUUUUCUUUAGUUUUUACUGCGGACCAAAAGCCAGUCUUCAGAUGGCAUUUAACGCGGUUCUAAUGUUAUCACUGUUAUAUAUAUCUGUCACGUUACUAGAUGCAGACAUUUAAUUUUUCUUGUUUUAUAUAUCCUCGACUAAUGGAUCCACAUACUACCACACAGACGUCAGGGCUCCAGACACACACUAUUCCCCCCUAUAAUGCUCAGGGGUAAUUGGGCACUGUUAAUGCUCCGACCGAAUCCGGGGUACGGCCAGCUGUUGCAAAACGCAUUUACAAACACCAAUAUUUGGCUCCUCUCACCACACAAUUGGUCUCCAUGGCCAUUUAAAUACACAUGCCUCUCUCAGGGCUAGACACUUUUUAGGUCCCACACGUAGGUCCCUAGAACACACCACAGGACCUUAUUCAGGAGUGUUGUCUAUAACCGGACUGUACUAUUUUCACCAUCAUUUCCAUAUAUAUAUAAAAUUACUUAAAUGACAGUACUAUGUGGUGCAUUGUAUUCAUGUUUUACAUUUUUAUUGACUUCACCCUACUGUCAUUCUCUAUGCUUAACGUGAAUAUGACAAAUUUUAAAUAAAGAAUGUAAAACAGUUUUUUUUUAAAAGCCCAGCACUUCUUUAAUCAAUUCGUCUUCGCAUUGUCCUGGUUAUUGUUAAAGUCCUUUGUUUAUAGAUCCUGUGUAAAGGAGACAUGAUAACAUCAUAAUAUGAAGUAUUAACCUAAGGUCUGUUUGUCUUUCUACUAGUUUCCACGUCUCUGUCACAUUUAGCUGUGUUAUUAUUUCACAGCUAAAUGUGACAGACAUACUUUACUGACAGACUGACUAUUAACCAUGUUUAACCCUUUAUUUUCUGAACAAUUUCUAGCUGAUGUCCAGUUUGAUCUGCCACAAGAAAAGUCCACUCUUUAUGAAGAACCUCCCUCUAAACCUUCUUCACCAUAUGUUUCAUACACAAAUGGCUUUAGCCGAGUAUCCCCGUCUGAGGACAGGGUGACCGUGAGCAGCCAGCUUCUAUCGCAGGCUAAGGUAAGUGUCUAGUCUGCCAUAUAUAGUAUAGGAACAGACUAGUGAUGUCAUGGGCCACACUGACACCAAUAUUUCCAAGGGCCAUUGCAGCUUUGCAUGACUGCAGACCAUAUCACUAUGUUGCAGUGUCCCAGGUAUAAGACGGCCCCUCACAGCUGUCAGUCAGUUGGACUCUCAUAGUUUUCCUUUAUUCUGUUAGGGUCGAAGUUGUACCUUUACACAAAUCUGCCAGUUCGAUCAAGACCGGUAAAAAUAACCUCUAAAAAGCUGCACAGAAUAUUGAAAUACAGAUAGGGCAACAAUUCUUAAAAGAUACCAUAGGUACUUUCUAGAGUACACUUUUUUCUUCUUCUUCUAAAUCUGUUUUUGUUUAUUAUUAUCCCUGUAUGAUUUCAUUUCCUACUUUAGUCCGAAGGCCGAAAGGGAAACGCCCUUAAGUCAACACAAUCAAAAACAUUAGGAAUAGUAUUUGUUUUGACUUUUAUUUUUUGUACGUUAGUAUUUCUCAAUGCAGGCCGUUAAACCAGCACAUCGUUUAAAGGAACACGUUAGCUUUAAAAAUAAAUAUAUGUAAUUUUAAUGCCAGUGUUCCUUAGGUUUUUGGUUAUCAAUCCUCUGCUUCAAUGAGAAUCAUUGGCUGUGUCAAAACGCCAAACUGGAGACCUGGGAGAAAGUGUCUGCCUGUGUUAUAAUCGCACAAGAAACCAAUUCACAACAGCCUAACGCGUUUAGUGGGUAAAUGGACCCAGUUCAUCCAUUCACCCAUUCUGCUGGCAAUCACAGGGCUUCAAGCAUAGAAAGAGGGGACUCAAACAGAGAAACAUUAUUAAGGAGCUGUGUUCCUGAUGGGCAAGAUUUUACUGCCUCUAUAUCCAGUGGAACUUUGGAAUAUACAUAUCCAGUGGAUUAUUUGUCUAGUUAUUUAACAGCUCUAGAGUGUAGUUCAAAUGUGUAACUAUAAACACUGUGUUGCUUUGCAUUCGUAAUACAGUACAUGCAUCACAUGUUUAUAUUUUGAUUUGCACAAUAUAUGUGGACUUGAUCUGUAUUAUCAAAGCUCUAACCUCUUGUUGGGUUUUCUUCAUUGGAGAAUCUGUGUAGAUCUUUAGUAGAUUUACCCCAUUGGGUUUGUGUAUAUGUUUAUGCCAUGUGUUUCCUCCUUUAGAUGAUCUCCUCCUUACAUCAGGCAAUAGGCAGGCUGGAGCGAGACCGCGACCACCAGGAGCAGAGAAUCCAGGGCCUGGAAGGUAAAAGACUUGUGUGCCCAUCACCAGCCAUAGAAACAAAGUCUUCAGUAAAACAUGCCAUUUGGGAUUAUUGUAAAUGCUAACCUUGCACCUCUGAAAAGGCAUUAUGGGAAAUGUAGUUCACAAAGGUUAGCCAUCACUGCAGUGAAGUUAGCGAAAACCCUUUGGAUACUGAUAGUGUCUUGCCGUAUAAUGCUGACAUCAGGUGGCCACUGGGGAGCAGUGCAGUUGGAUGUCUGUUAAUAAUUAAUAGCAAUCAAAUUAUCCAAGCGAAUAACAUUUCUAGCUAUAUUUAGAAUAUCUCACUAUCGCUGCAGAUAUAGCAGAACUCAGAAUGUAGCUCAUUCAUUCUCAACCUUAGCCGCGUUUCUCUGGAAUAGUGGAGAUUUGAAGAGGUGAUUUCCCAAAUUCUCCAACUCUGUCUGAAAUAUGAAUUCCCUAAAUAAAAAAGUGUUUAAAGGGUUAUUCCAACCAAAAAUGGUGUUUUCGUGGUUAGCGUAUUCACAAUAACCACCGUGAAGGCUUGUUGUGGUAUGGCUAAUGAUGUGUUCAUAGGUGGUUGCUGAUUUGGGAUGUCGUCACGUGUUUUUAUUAUAUGGAUUUAUAUUUUAUAGCUGAAGUACGCCAUCUGCGAGGGGCACAGGUUGACCCACAUGGGGCUGAUUUGGAGAGAAAGAUGGAGAGACUAAAACAAGAGCUGUCCAAUGAAUUACGCCACCUGCAAGACAGAGGACGGGACUCUCCAACAAGAGACACGAGUUCUGCGCUGCGUUCUACGGCCAGCAUCAUACAGGAAGUCAAUGAGAAGUAAGUGACUAUACGCCGUGUGUGUAACUUGGUCAGAGCGUUAUCCUUCAUCCUGGCCACUUAGCGCAGCUAAAAUUGCUUAAAUUAAGGGUACGUGGUAUGCAAGUGUAGAAAAUGUCAUUCUUGUGUUGUGCGAUCAGUUAGCAAAUUGCAAGUUCACAGAUCAAGAGUUAUGGAUCUGGUUACAUCUCUAGCGUUUAAAAAUGAAAAUCCAGCGCGCUCGCUUAUCUACUAAACAGUCAUUUUAAUGCUGAACAAUUUUCAGUUUUAUUAAAAAAACACCUAAUCUAGGCAAAAAAAUAUAAUGGGGGUUUAUUUACAGUAUAUGAUCAUACAUUGCAUAAGCCUGCCACAACGCCAAUGUACCCCAUCUUUGGCAGGUCCUACUCUGUCUGCUAAAUGAGCUUCUCACUUGGGGAAAUCCUUCCAUCUCGAGGUCUCUGCAGUACAAUGCUUAAAUAGGAUCCUGAGAUGAGGCACCUGUAACAGGGAGGGGUGCAAAACCCAUGGAGCUGGCUAGACUCCUAAAUAUAUACAUAUAUGAGAAAAUAAGGGUUUGGCUGCAUUCACCUACACAUGCUAAAUUAGGGUGCUGCUGGGGGCCAAUAAAUACAGUAAAAAUGAAAAUCCAGUGCAUUCGCUUAUCUACUAAACAGUCAUUUUAAUGCUGAACAAUUUUCAGUUUUAUUAAAAAAACACCUAAUCUAGGCAAAAAAAUAUAAUGGGGGUUUACAUCUCUAGCGUUUGACAUGUGUCGCUCACAGUACAGUACGAUCUCAGGCUAAGCUUUGUGACAUUGCUUGCAGUUACAUAUCCUUGUCAAGGAAAAAGGCAAAAUGAUUAAAUCUAUUCUGUUAUUUUAAAAAAGCCAUUGCUUUGUUAGAAAGCUUGUUGGUGUUUUUCCACUGUCCUUUUAGGUUUCUUUUCUUGUACUUUAAAAUUCCAUUAACAUUUAAUUAUAAAAAAAAGAAAGAAUAUCUGUAUAUUAAAUGAUGUCUAAUUUAACGAUGCAGAUAACCGUAACGACGAGGAAUGCACCAAUAACACAAUUAGACUUUAGAGGAUCAUGGAUAUUGAAAUUAAGAAAUCACUAGCCUUCAUUUUCAAACCCUCCCACCUACCUGACCACCAACUUUUACACCUUACAUCCCAGCCAAUGCUCGCUAUUUUGCCACCAUCCAUUACUUAUCAGAAUUGUGUGCUCCCUCUGCCUGCAGCAUUUUGUGUCCGCUGAUUUUUUAAAGCAACUGAUGGUACCAAAAAGUGAGCGUUGGAUGGGAUAACUCACAGGGGUAUAAAGAUGGCUGUCACUAAGAGGGAGUGGGAAAGGAAGGCAAAUGAUCUCUUUAAAAAAAAAAAAAUCUAUAUAAAUUAAAAUAUAUAUAUUUUUAAAAAUGGCAUUUUAUGAUAUGAAGAUCAUAUUAAGUUAUCACAUUUUUUUAUUAGAGUUAAUCUUUAAUGUGAGCAUUUUUACUUUUUAUUUAUUUAUUUUAGCAAAAGAAUCCUUUGGAAGGAGUAUGAGAGUCUGCGCAGAGACAUGGACUAUCUCCACCAACGUCUCCGUAAGUGUCACCAUUUACAGAGGAAUCCAUCUUAUUAGUGGGUAUCAGGCAUUUAGCUUCGAGCCCUGAAGCUGGUAAAGGACUAGGAGCAGCUGAGUUAUGUUUUGGUGGUUAUGUUGCAGAUGAGUUUUAUGUUAUUUACUGUUAGUAGACGUUGAAUAACAUUUAGCUGUUUCUCUGUCAGGUCGUCAGGAGGAUGAUUUGCUGCGCCAGUUGUCAGAAAGUCAGGAUGUGAAGAGAGCUCAAGAAAGGAAUGCUAAGGUGGGUGUGCAAAGAUGUCAGUCUUUACCAGUAAAUUAAAUGGCGGUAAUGGCACGUUCUGAUUGCUAACCUCAGCCUCCAUUUAAUAUUUUUGGAAAAACUUUUAAAAAUAAGAUAAAAUAUUUUGAUAUAUGUGAUAUAUAUUUUUAUAUAUUUUUUUCAAAUAUUGAAAAGCUUAUGCAACAUGAUUAAAUUAAGAACUAAGCUUUCCGUUAGUCGUGCGUAAAAAAAAAAAAACAUUUCAAAUCUAAUUCUGUCCAGGUACAACCUGGCAUUCAGUGCGAAUGAAUUGGGUCCCAUAAUUCAGUACUCACACCUAUAAUAUUAUCAGUAUAGUAAAGUAAUGCCCAGCACAGCAGGAUCAUGGUAAGUGUAUUUGUGUUUACCUCUGCUGGUUCAGAAUUAUUUGCUAGAGCUGAGUUCGCACUGAUCUGUUGCCAGUUUCCCUUUAAACAGCCUCAAUCUUCUCUAAUUAGACUGUGAGAUCAGUGCGCUUCCUGACUGUAAAUAUUAACUGCAUUUUUCAUUCACGAUUACCAUAGAUUACCAUACACUGGAUUCAUCCAUUUUUGUAUUUGAUUUAGAUGCUGGAGGGACUCCUAAGCACCCAGCAGACUCACACAAUGGAUGUAAACCGAACAAGGAUGGACACACAAGGAGUGCAAAGAGACCUGCUGCAGAUCAGGUAAAAGUAGCCAAAAAAAAUCUCUUAACAGUAAUAACUAAACUAGAAAAAUAUUCAACUCCACUAAAGCAAUACCUCGGCUGUCUACUUUUAAUUUUUUUGUAACUUUUUAAAACUUUUUAUCCUUAACUAGCCCUACACUAAAUUUUCCAGUUUCCCACUAACUUCCACCUACCUCCGCUAACUAAAUCCACAAUUUAAAAAUAUUGGGGGAAAAAUUAAAUACAUUUUAAUCUUUGAGGGUAAAACUACUGUGAUCUGUAUUCUAAUCACUGCAAGCAGUGAUCAAAGGGUAGGGAAAGCGUUAAUUGCUUUAAAAGAAUAGGGCUAAAGGGGACACUUUCAAACAAAUUUCUUCACACUGGGACACAAAGUAGCUGUUUUGCACUUCACAACAAGGUGGAGGAAUGCAGAUCAGGCGCCCAGGCACCGGGGUGCCCAGAACAGCAUUUUGUCCAAACGUGGCGAUCUGACGUUAAUUUUAGUACAUGCCAGAAAUUUUCCAUCAUACGUCCUUAAGGAUAGGAUCCACAUGACGAAACAUUGCUGGCCAACGUUUUGAAGUGGUUAAAGUCGCUCUGUAGGCAACCAGAUGACUUCAUCUCAGUGUUGUAACAGUAAUGUAUUGUAGAACAGUGGUGUUAAAUGGAUUAUUGAAGCACCACAACUACUGCUGCUUGUUUUAGAGAUUAUAGCGCAAGGACUCUGUAUGAAUUCUUCUUAAAAUCCAACCUAUACAGAGAUAUUUUAAUAUAUUUACCAGGGUUUAACUCCAGCCCUGACUGCUGCUAUCUCUCAGCACAGAACCAGACUUCUGGUCUGGCUUUGCAGAAUUUGUGCACCAGGAACAUUCAUUGUUAACACACAUAGUAUGAUGACCGUGAACACAGACUUUGCACUCACCUGCCCAGGCUAUGUAGGAUAUCUUUCAGACUUGCAAUAAAUUUGGGCAGAGACCAGAGGUUUUUAUACAGACAAUCCUCAUUUUAUAUAGUCUUAACUUUAAUCAGUACCUGCUAGUUAGCGUUGGACUAGCUGUCUCUGGCGGUGCAGAACCAGUGGCAGACAUUGGGGUUAGAAUUUAAGAAGCUGAUGGAUCUACAUCAGGACAGUAAUAUCCAAAUUCAUGGAGCACAGAGAGGGUAGGCCUGCGGUCCAUGCUUUGUUGUGCUAUGAAGUGAUAGAGGGCCAGGCCCCAGGCUUUUCCAUCUUUUUCCAAGAUUUUGAAAGCUUCAACAGGAUUCUCAGCUGCUUUCUGGGAUCCAAGUGUUAGGGAAAUUAGUGAGAUUGUUAUAUACUGCGAGUUCAUUACACUGUACUUUACCUUAAAGGGACACUAUAGUCAUGAAAACAACUUUACCUUAAAGGGACACUAUAGUCACGAAAACAACUUUACCUUAAGGGGACAUUAAGGUCACGAAAACAACUUUACCUUGAGGGGUCACUAUAGUCACCAGAACCACUACUGCUUAAUGUAGUUGUUCUGGUGAGUAUAGUCAGUCCUUGCAGGUUUUUCAAUGUAAACAUUGUUGCCUAGGGACACCUCUAGAUGCAGUCGCUCAGACGGCCACUAGAGGUGCUUCCUGUGUCAGUGUCCAGUGUGCAGCGCCUACGUACAGUGUAUCCACACUGCAUGGAGGCGCUGAACACUGCCUAUAGAGAUGCAUCAUCUCUAUGAAGAGAUGUUGAUUGGAGCAGCAGUGCUUUUGUCGCACAUAGCCUCCCAAUGCUUUCUUAUUGGAUUGGCUGAGAUCAUCAAACUGGAUUUUCCCAGCCAUGGAGACGGGGUCAGGCACAGCAAGGCAGAUACGACGUGCGAAAGGGUAAGUAAAAUCACCUUUUCAGAGAGAUCUAAGGGGGACUGGAAACCUAAAAUCCACACAAGCACUACAGUGUCCCUUUAAUGAAGACGUUUUGGUGUAUAGAUCAUGACUCUGCUGUCUCACUGCUGAAUUAUCUGCCAUUUAGGAGUUAAAUCACUUUUGUUUCUGUUUAUGAAGCCCUAGUCACACCUCUCCUUGGUGUGACUGACACAGCCUGCAUGAAAAUAAAUAGUUUCAUUUUUAAUCAGAUGGUAAUUUACUUCAGAAGUUUUUUUUUUAAUCUCCUAAACUGUACAUUGAACUUUAAUUACGUACACGAGGCUCCUGCAAGGUCUAGAAGGCUUCAAAAGUGCAGAAGAUAAGAAAUUCUAAAUUAAACAGAAUUUGCAAUAAAGAAAGUAUAAACAUUAGAUGACUCUUUACAAGAAGUUUUUAGGAAGGCUGUGUAAGUCACAUGCAAGGAGGUGUGACUAGGGUACUGGUCCUGGGUUGCUUCUACUGCAUUGACAGAAGCUUUAAAGACGCUUUUUGACUCUGUUUAUAAUUUUCAGGUCAUCGAUCAGUGAGUUAAAGGAAGAUAUGCAAAUUCUAGAGGGAAAGGUGUACAGACAUUCUGCCAGGAGCGACCGAGGUGGUAAGAGAAUCUAACCACCAUGUUUGUCACACUGGGCACUGCAGAUGACUGUGGAUGACACCUAACGGCUGGCUGAGUGUUAUUUGAAUCGCAGCCCACACGGUUUUGCAGUCUGCAUAGCUUUACCAUCAUCAUUUCACUUUGGCCAAAUCCGAUCCACAAUCUGUAAUUCCUUGAAAAUUUAAACAUACCAUUCCUGAAAGCAAACCCCAUCCUGUAUUUAACGUCUAAUAAUUAAAAUAAUAGCAUCAUUUAUUCAAUAACGUGGCAUUUAAAGGGACUCACGUUAGCUAGCAAAUUCCAGAGCAAUGUCUCAAUCGCGGCUCCGGGUGAUUGAUUCAACCUAUCGAUUUGUGAGGUGUUAGAACAGAACUCCCUUUGACAAUAUUAUAUUCCUUUAACAAGUUUCUCAUUUCUGGGUGACCAAUAGUUUUAAAGCAAACUCUUACUUAAUUUUUGUUGCCUAACAAAGUGCUCUGGAUAUAAAUUAUAUUCCUGAUCAGUGAAUGUAUCUGCCAAAACAGGAAAGCCAGUGACGCGGAAGAAGAAACCUGUAAAAUCUCAGUCUCCUUCUUCUUCUGAGGAUUCAUCAUCUCAGGUCAGCCUGGCAGACAUUAGCUCAGAGGACACGUCGUACAGUCUGGGAAUCCCACCUGCGUCACGUGGUAGGUCCAUCCCGCUACACUAUCACAUUAAUGGUAACGUUCGGAAAUGAUGAGGGCCAAACAAUUCUUUCAUGAUUUACAAUUUCAAAUCUACCACUUUUGUCCUAAAAUGUAUUGAUAUUUUCUCAAGAUAUGUCUGUCUUUAUUGAUCAAAUCCCACCAUUAGUAGCAGCCAGACAUUGCGGCCUCCACCUAUUUUGUGAAAAGUUUUGGAUAUAAAUUAGAUAUACACCCGCCCAGAGGUAAUCUUGCCACCCACGUGUUUGGCAGAUGGCAGGUCAGAAUUAAAAUAAACAAUAUUAAAUCAGAAGGCAUAUUCUAAAUAGGAUAAAGCAGACCGCUCUCCUUUAUAAACCAUUGCCAAAAUCAAACGCACGUAAAACCAGUCAGCAUGUCAACUUGUCAUGUCCUGAUUUCUGCCUCCAGUAUAAUGUUACUGAUUUAAAGAGAUACCGCUAAUUAGGACAAGGUCCGGUGCAUUCUGGGAAGAACUCUACCCAGUGUGAAUUGUAUGAUUAAAAAAAUAAUUAAAUUGUUGAUCUAGAUUUAAAGAAAUAUUAAUAUAACUGGAUUUCUUGCUGUGCUGAUUAAUAUUAUAUAAUGUUUUUCAGGUCAUAGGCCCAAUAACCAAUGCUUAAAUGUAUCCAUAAUUAUUAUUACUGCCAUCUGUACCUAUAAUGAUGGAGGUGUAAUAAAUAUUUGUUGAGAUGUAAUAAUUUAAUCUACCAAUCUGCCUUGUCAACAGGUUCUAAUGAAAAGUCGAGUACUAGCCACGGGGUCGGCAGCCGAAACAAGACAACCAGUAUCCCGAAUGGGGAUGGCCUUAGCGAUGACCUUGAUGGCCUCUCUGACAGCCCUCCCGAACUCAAUUUCAGUGACCUCUGACCUUUCUGUGAUGCCACCAUACUGGGACAAUUAUCGUUUGAAUAUUUACUUACCCAGCAGACUACAAUAAGUAGCAUCUUCCAGGCGCAAUGCAAACCAAAGACCGUACAUUGUAUUUCAUUAUCGGAUGUAUAUUGAAUGUUAACUGUUACAGCAACAAUCACCCAGAACAGGACUUUUUUUUUCUUUCUUUUUUUUAUAUUAUCAAGAAAAAAAAAAGAUUUUUAUACAUUUAUUUUAUUUAAUGACUAGGACUGGAUGAGCAGCACAUUGACAGACCCAAAGGAACAAAGUAGCCGUCUGCUUUAAUUCUGUAGCUGAGUGUGGCUUAAAUGGCUUAUAAAAAGUGCAGAUCUAAUUAUGGCCAUGUCCACAUCGGGUAAAGACUGAAUCACUGUGCUCACAUUUGCACCAAUUGUAGUGAACCAUCGUCGCUCGUUUUCCCACAACGUGUUUUCAGUCCGCUGUCUAGGACUGUCUGCUGCUGCUAUGUAUGAGAUAUAAGAACACGUUCUCCUUUUAUAUAUAAUGCCAUAAAUACAAUUUUUUUUUUAUUUAGUCCAAAUGUGAUUUGAAAUCUUUUUUUCCUUUGUGCAUUUAGAUCAUAUUGUGCCAAACUGCCUCCACUCUUAACAGAAUAUAUUCUAUGUGGAUCAUAAUCAUUAUUAAAGAAAACCUCCAGGCACCAUAACCACUACAGCUUGCCCCCUGCCUCUUAUUGGCCUUCAAGAAAGCCAGAAGUUCCCGCUUAAGGGUUUCUUUAGGCAUCCAGAGCUAAGCCCAACACAUUGGGUGAAAGCAUGACCUUAUCACUCUUGGCCAAGAAGCUAAGCUCUGCAUUACCAGGAUUAUUUCCUGACAGAGAACUUCUGGCUGAGAGGAGGCAGGGAGUGGCACCCGGCGAACCCCAGGUAAGAAAUUCAUCUGUAACUAAACGGUCUGACUGAUUACAAAGGGGGUGCACCCAGGGCCGGACUGGGAAUGAGAAGCAGCCCUGGAAAAUAAUUCUAUACCAGCCCUAUAAUGCAUUGCGCCAGCAUAGUGGGCAGAUAUGGAAGCGGGAAAAAUACCUUAAAACUAUCACUUAAACGUGAAAGAAAGCGCUCAAUAAACAAAAGAGCGGAUUUGUUGUUAGCAGACGUGCAUUUGCAUAUAAUCAAUGUUUCAG